UUGACGGGCACGUCGACCGUUGGUUGGACACGCGUUCCAUUCAUCUCCGCGUUUCGUAUUUAUCGGUGUCCAACAGCUGGUGAGUGUAUUUUAAGGUUUGGAGCUCUCUCCAAGCAGCAUGUCAGGCUCCACUUCCCCGCCUCCGUUGGCUGAGGCUGGGCAAACUGAGUCUUGUUUUCCUCCCGGAUACAAGCCAUUCAAACCCGAGGAGCACGGCCUGGAGCGCGGCUUCCGUCUCACGGCAUAUUCCGAUCUAAAAGGAUGAGGCUGCAAAGUCCCGCAGGAGGCUCUGCUCAAACUCCUGGCGGGACUGGAGACGGACCGAGUUGACGGUACUGGGAAGGCUGGAGACCAAGCAGCGGACUUCGGCCAGCAACUCUCCGCUCCCCGACUCGGUGUUGGAAUGGACUGCUGUGUGAUUCCACUGAGACACGGAGGACUCUCACUGGUUCAGACCACAGACUUCUUCUAUCCAUUGGUAGAUGAUCCGUACAUGAUGGGUAGAAUAGCGUGUGCUAACGUCCUUAGCGAUCUCUAUGCCAUGGGCAUCACAGAGUGCGACAACAUGCUGAUGCUGCUGAGUGUCAGCCAGAAGAUGAAUGAAAAGGACCGAGAGCGAGUGAUGCCACUCAUUAUUCAAGGGUUUCGUGAUGCAGCAGAGGAGGGGGGGACUUCAGUGACAGGUGGGCAGACAGUGAUCAACCCCUGGAUCAUUGUAGGAGGAGUCGCUUCAGUCGUUUGCAAACCUAAUGAUUUCAUCAUGCCUGAUGGUGCUGUACCAGGUGACGUCUUGGUCCUGACCAAACCUCUGGGAACACAGGUGGCUGUAAACGCUCACCAGUGGCUCGAUCAGUCUGAAAGGUGGAACAAGAUAAAACUAGUUGUCACCAAAGAAGAAGUGAAAGAGGCCUAUCAGGAAGCCAUGUUUUCAAUGGCAACAUUAAACCGCACAGCUGCAGGCCUAAUGCACAAGUUCCAGGCUCACGCUGCGACAGACGUGACUGGUUUCGGGCUGUUGGGACACGCUAACAACUUGGCAGCACAGCAACAAAACGAGGUGGCCUUUGUCAUUCACAACCUUCCAAUCAUAGCCAAGAUGGCUGCCAUCAGUAAAGCCUGCGGUAACAUCUUCAACCUGGUUCAGGGCACGUCUGCAGAAACGUCUGGUGGGCUGUUGGUGUGUCUUCCCAGAGAGCAGGCAGCCAGGUUCUGUGCAGAGAUGAAGAACCAUAGCUCUGGGCCUGGGGGUCCUGGCCCAGCCGGUGGUGCCUGGAUCAUUGGAAUCGUAGAGAAAGGCGACCGUCGUGCUCGCAUCAUCGACAAGCCCCGCAUUAUUGAAGUUCCUCCACGAGGAAGCCAGGCAGCCAAUCAGGACAGCAUUUCCAGCAGUCCUGCUCCGAGCCCUAAUCUGUCAUAGACACUAUCACCAUAACAUGUAAACACUAUAAUAAUCAGCUGUUCUCACCUGGCUUUAACCUGGGUCCUGAAUGCACCAUGUGACUAUCUGCAAUUUACUAUGACUUCAAAUAUUAUUUAAACUUAAGACCUGGUUGUAUAUGGGAACAAAGUUUGAUUUUAUGGGUGCCAUAAUGGUGUGUCUUAAACACGCGCACACCUGUCAUUUACAAAGACGGGUAGAAGAAGAUAAUUUAGUCCAUUAAAAAGAAAAAGGUUUGUGACAAUCAUUGAAAAUGUUGUAUAUAAUGGUGACAUAAAUUGGUCUAUAUUUAGGCACCGUCAUUGUAUGACAAACUGAAAAAUUGACCCUCACUAUUUUCUGAUCAUAUCUAAAUUUGGCUUGUGUCUCACUUUACAUGUUGUCUUUUUCUGCCCUUUAUAAACACUGAUGGGUUUUUUUUAUAAUUUACCUGAAUGGUGAAAAACAUUCUGUUACAGUUGCUAAAUUCAAUAAUUCAAAAAAAUUCAAUCAGUGCAUAUGUGUUUCUGAGUAAUUUUAUCAAAUUUGGAUUUUUCUGCUGAGAUUGAAAUUGAGCAAAUGGUAUUUUGUCUGUUUUUGGGGAAGUGGGGGAUGGUAAUAUAUAUCAUGAUGGUGAAUUCAUCAUUAUGCAGAGAAGAAGAAUGAGAAAAUCAUUGGUCCUCUGGCAUCUGGCUCUGUCUGUGCAACCCUGAGGAAGGCUUGAGCAGCUUCCUCAGGAGCAGCUUGGUGGGGCUUAGAAUGUCCAUCUGUGUCAGCUGGUUGGACGUCCAGUGACAGGUCCUUCCCUUUUUCCAUGUUUAUGAAGCUCUAUCUUUUAAACCCUGGUCAGUGGGGACAGGUGGAGUGGAUGCAUUUCUUUGGAUCAGGGUUGGACAAAGCUGGAGGUUUGAAGCUGCAUUUGUAGAUUUUCCUUUUAACAAUCAAUAAAAUUUCUCAACCUGAAAA